GUUAACUUAUCAUUACGGGAGCUUUUAACUUUUCCAAGGCAGCGAGUCUUUUCCUCUUCCGAGCAACGAGUCCUCUCUUCCGAAGACAUCGAUUCUCCCAAUCUCAGUCCUCGGCUCUCGCUAGACAGCUCUUUGAAAAUUCUAGAAAUCUCCGUAUCUCCUUCUCGUCAUCCUUACAGUGUAAAAAAAUGAAACUUCGGAGGUCAUCGCUUUGUUUUCUCCUAGGGUUUCCGUUCGGCUUCAGAGAAGAACAGCUUGACGAUGACGUCGCCGGAGAAGAUUAAAGGCAUACAAGAUAGCGCAAUUGAAAACUUUGGAAUCCCUCAAUAUGGGGGCAGCAUGGCUGGGAACAUCGUGUGCCUGAAAGAGAACCAUAAAGGGUGUACAAAGUUAGGGGAUUCCUUCAAAACAAAACCUGGAGCUCUUCCGACCAUUCUUUUACUCGAUCGUGGAAAGUAUUCAAAACCUCUGGCUGAUUAUCUUGAAAACCUUCCUGAGGAUGAAAAGUCUGUUAUAUUGAAGAAAAUGGCACCGAGGUCUGGGAGAGGGAAAUUGAAUAAAGCCAAUGCAGAGAAUAAGAAGGAGGAAGAGAAAGAUGAGGAAGUGCGGAAAGUGAAAUCUAGGGGAAAACUGGAGGGAUCAACACAACCUACUGUGUCUAACAGUUCAAUAUUGAUGGAGAUGGCAAGCUGAAGAAGAAGAAGAUGAUGACACUACCUAUUCCACAUAUUCUACUUACAUCGCUCUCUACGUCUCCAACUGAACGAGCCUUCUCCGAUCGGGCCCAAGAUCGGUUUCCAUGGCUACACUUCAUGACCGUAAGGGCUUCUUCUCCCUCCUCUUCCUUUUCAGUUCUUCCAGAAGCCGACAAGGAGCAUCAUGCGAUGCAGAUAUCUGAACGAAAGGUUUGAGGUUUUCUCUAUAUCAGGAAAGAAGUGCCCUUCGCUUUCAACGAUGUUCAUGCGAAUAUAUGAAAUAACAAACCAGGAGCUAGUAAGAACUUUGCAGUAAAAACCCACUGAAAGAACAGCACAAGCAUCUUCAAGGCAAUCUUUAUGAUCGAGUCUCAGAAGCACUACUACACAGACACAUUUUGCUAGCGGCGGAGAACCAUGGAUGAAGAAGAGUGUUGGCGGCUGGCUGAAGAAGGGUUCUUACAGAGAAGAGAGAGCCGAUGAAAAAAAAAAGGGAUUAAAAUAAUUUAAACAGUAUAUAUCACGUAAGAAAAAUAUAAAUGUUAAAUAAGUGCCAACUCAAAUUAAAAUUUCAUAAGGUAUCAUAUUUUAGUUGGUCAUUCUGGCCUAUAUAUAUUUUAAGUGGUCAGAGUGCACAAAUGAAAUAGCCUUUUGGGUCUAUUUAUAAAUUUCUGCAGAAAUCCUGGAAUAUUUGAUAA